AUAAAUUUGGCAUGUGGCACAGAGGAUCAAUAGAAACACAGUAGACCACACUUCAUGUGCAAACUUGUUUCUUUUUGCAGUGUCCAACGAACUUAAAGCCCAAAUCUCAAAGCUCUUCUUCCUUUCCGCUUCCCCCAAAUCCGCUUCAGCUUUUGUGUUUCUAAAGAGAGAGAGAGAGAGACUAAGAGAGUGUUUCUCACUCAUUCUCUCUGUCGCUUGAAGCUGCCGAAGGACGAAGAAGAGAGAGAGAGAGAGAGUAGCCUUUUCUCUACAGAUCCUGUGCCCUAGUUUGUCGCUGGCGUAACGGUCAUAUUCAACAGCCGUCACUCAAUCUGAGCUCUUCACUGGUGGUUAUGGCGAUUAUCUGAUCGAGAGAAAUCGCGGAGUCCGCGUUUCAGGAGCUGUGCAAGAAUUGUCGCGAAAUUUUUAAGGGUUCGUAUACUGUGAAAGAGAUGCUGACGUGUAUAGCGUGUACGAAGCAGCUAAACACCAACAAUGGCGGAUCUACUCACGAGAGACAACAAGAGGAUGAAGAAAUCGGGACCCCCAGGACUAAACAGGCGAUUAAAUCGCUGACGUCGCAGAGAGCUGGGACUGCAAGCUCAACUCCAAGGAUUUGGGGGAAGGAAAUGGAGUCUAGGCUGAAAGGGCUUUCGAGUGAAGAAGGCACACCUACGUCUAUGAGCGGCCGGACAGAAUCCAUAGUGUUCAUGGAGGAAGACGAGGCUAAGGAAUGGGUUGCGCAAGUUGAGCCUGGUGUUCUCAUCACAUUUGUGUCUUUGCCUCAGGGAGGGAAUGAUCUAAAGAGGAUUCGGUUCAGGGUUUCCGUUUGGCUUUUCAUGAGCUCAACUUCAGAUGACCCUGAGCUUAAUCGUGAGAUGUUCAAUAAAUGGCAAGCUCAAAGAUGGUGGGCAGAGAAUUUCGAGAAGGUCAUGGAGUUGUACAACGUUCAACAGUGCAAUCAGGAGAGCGUGCCGCUCCCAACUCCUCCUAUAUCCGAAGAUGGGGGCUCGCGAGUACAGUCAGCUAAGGACAGUCCUGUAACUCCACCUCUGAACAAAGAGCAACCUCCAGGGAUGGGGUACUCCUCGUCUGAUUCACUUGAUAACCAAUCAACUCAAACACGUAAACGUGAUGACUCUGCGGCUCUAGCUUCAACGCCGAAGCUCUCUAGCAUCGGUGGAGCCAAGACUGAGACAUCAUCUGUCGAUGGUUCUGCACGAAGUAGCUCAGCAGAUAGAUCCGAGGAGGUCUCAGUGAGUAACGCAAGCGAUAUGGAAAACGAAUGGGUAGAGCAAGAUGAGCCUGGUAUCUACAUUACAAUCAGAGCUUUACCAGAUGGUACCCGUGAGCUUAGACGCGUUCGCUUCAGCCGAGACAAGUUUGAGGAAACACAUGCGAGGUCGUGGUGGGAACAGAACAGAGCUAGGAUACAACGACAGUACUUGUGACUUGUGACCUGUGACAAUGAGUAGUUAAUAGAUAUAAUACUAGGAGGAGGAAACGAGACAAAGAACAACAAAAAAGCUUCUAUUACCAAAGACUCACACUUUUGUUUGUUAGUUUUUAACUUGAACAAAUGCUAAAGUAAACAAAAGGACUUUCCUCACAAUUUUCUUGCUUCUUGUUAGAGUAAAAAAAUAUACAGUAGUAAUUAGUUUUGAUUGAUCGAUGUUUGG